AACCUCAGUCCAGAUGAAGAAACACUAUUAGAAAGCUCAUCAGCUUCAGAAAGUUCAGAAGGUUCAGAAACUGCAAAAACUUCAGAAACUACCGAACCAAUACUAGAUCAAUACAUACUUAUAGAUAUUUCAGUAUACACUUCACCCAAAAAA